CGUCGCGCAGGCGGCGGUGCCACAGCGCGCGCGCGUUACCCUCGUGGUUUUAUCUUUUCUGGACUCGCUCGCGGGACUGAAACGCCUGCAGCUGAGCUCGCGCUGUAAUCUGUGACAGCUGGAAAUGGACAGUAGCAACAGAGGAGCUGUGCAACCGUCUUACACAGAUAUGAAGCGUCCAAAAAUCAAUGACUGGAUGGAGAGCAGCCCUCCUCCCAAGAGCCAGGAGGGGCAGGAAGAGGAAGAAGAGGAGGAAGAUGAAGAAGAAAGGAGGGUGGGGGCUGGGAUCAAGGCCAAACGAGAGCGGCGCCAGGGCAGCGGCAGUGCCACUCUGUGUCAGGUGUGCAACAUACAGCUGAACUCCAGUGCCCAGGCACAGAUCCACUACAGAGGGAAGACUCAUCAGAGAAGGCUCCGCCGACUGGCAAAAGCCAUCAGUGCAGGCGCACUGUCUCAGAACCAAGUCCACCCUCUGCUGGGCUCUCUGCCUGUGCCAGGUCGACCCCUUCAGCCGCAGACUCAUGCCCAGCUGGAGCACUUCUUGCCGCUCAGGGUCAACAGCUCCUCUCCACUUAGCCUCUUCCCAAAUUUUAACACGAUGGACCCAGUGCAGAAGGCAGUGAUCAACCACACCUUUGGCAUGACUCCACCCAAGAAGAAACCCAUCAUCUCCUGUAACAUCUGUCACCUGCGCUUCAACUCUACUACCCAAGCAGAGGCCCACUACAAAGGUCACAAGCAUGCUCGCAAGCUAAAGGCCUUGGAGACCCAGAGGAAUCGGCAGAAGAACGGACAGAGUCAAUCAAUAACGGGCAAAGACAGAGACAGAGAGAAGGGGGUGAUGGGAGGAGUAACUGGGCCAACAGACUUGCAGUCAAAAGACAAAACAGGCCCAGUCACUUCAUCCAGUUCUGCACAGCACCAAACUGAAAUCAGCCAAGGGAGCUCAUUAGCACCCACUCCGUCUUCACAAACUUCAUCCACGGACUGCUCGUCACUAACCUCUCCUCACCUGUCCCCCCAAGUCUCCCCUGGCUCUCAGUCUUCUGACUUACCCUCAAACAGUCCACAUGUGGAAGGGUGCAGCCCGGCUACCAGUUCAGCGCCACACUCUGAGCCUCAGGGAAGCUCCACAGGAGGUGAGGAGGAGGCGGUGAAGGUGGAAGAGGUUAAAGAGUCCAAGAGCAACAAAAAAUAUUUCCACUGUCCUACAUGUAAAGUGACAGUCAAUUCCAGCUCCCAGCUGGAGGCUCAUUGUAGCGGCUCUAAGCACAAGCAGAUGCUGGAUGGCCAGAAUGCCAGCCAGCCAAAACGUAGGGUCAAGAUGACGUCAUCGGCCAGACCAACCUGUCGAAUUAAGCAGCGAAUGGGCAGCAAGGCCAGACCAACAAGGCCAGUUGGUGUAAACAACCAGCCUUUUCACUGUGAACUGUGCCAAGUGUCUGUCAACUCAGAGACACAAUUAAAGCAGCACAUGAACAGCAGGAGACACAAAGAGCAUUUGGCUGGGAAGCCUGUCAAGGCGAAGUUCACCCCCUAUAAUAAACUACAGCCCAGUGCUGUCUUAGCGACUAAACUGGCCCUACAGAAGCAUCUAUCCAAGGCCCUGCCAGCAGGCUUCUUGACCAGCCCCCUUAACCCAGCUGCCUUGUGCACCAUGGCGUCCGGACCUUUGGCACUACGACUGCCGCCAGGUCCUACAGCCAUAAUCCAGGGUCCCCUGAUCAGUCCCACGCUCUUCAGGCCUGCCCCAGGACCUCUAAGGGCCACACAUGCACCUAUAAUCUUCUCUCCUUACUAGCAAUGAGCAUGAGGCUGAAGCACCAACAGCAGAGUGGACCUAAACUAGCCAAAACUGAACUGGCAGAAGAGAUCAAACUGGUUUUCUGCGAACAAAUCACAGCACCCUUUGAGUGACAAGGACACUAUGCAGAGACAGUGAGGACAGCAUAUCAUGUCAAAUUUGGCAAGUCAUAAGAGCAGAAAGCACAAUCCCCUGGUGUGGAUUGAGAUUUCUGUGCUGACUGACCAGCGUCUCAUACUUAAAAAUGGAUGGACCAUAGCUCAGCUGUCUCCUGUCAGCAAACUGUUGAGUGCAUGUUCCCCGGGGUCCGGACCCCUCUGGAAGCCAUAAUGAUAAGCAGCUUAUAGUUUUAUUUAUAAAAUAAUAAGAAAAUAAUACACUAGGAUGUGUAAAUGUUACUCAGUGUUUGUUGCCAAAAAAUACUUUAAUUUUGGGAAGUUGUACUCUGGGAAACAAGAAAAAUACUUCAUCUUUGCUUUAGUUUACAGAACCAAAUCUGAAUCAAAAGAAUCCAGACAGGAAACUGGUUAUUUCCAUAUGACCAAUUAUGAAAAAGACAGUGGAGAUCUGUAACUUUGUAUGGCUGAGCACACUGAAUCCCAACAAAGUUACAUUUUAACUGCCAUCAACUAAUACAAAUGCCUUUUCUUGUCAUUUAUUUUAGGCCCAAGGUUGUCAAAGUGCUGUGCUUGGAAGCAUUUUACAUGGAAGGUGUGCACCACUGCACAUUUCAUGUCUUAUCAUGAUACAACAGAGCAAAAAAAAAUCAAGGGAAUGUUUCUUCAACUGAAACUCUGUUCUGGCCAUAGUAGCAGAAUAAACCUUCAUAACACUGACAAAUACCAAUGGUUUAAAAGUUCUAAACCAGAUCAGAAAUUAUUAUUACUUAAACUACCAUCUUCUGAAAAUACACAUAACUAUUACGAAUGUUUGAUAUGUUCACCUUUACUGUGCGGCUCUCAAUCAUAUGUUGGCUCCCUAAAUUGUAUCUCAGUCAUCAAAGCUUUGAGAACCCUUUAUAACAGGAGCCACAAUGAUAUGUUUUUCAGGUGAUUUUAGAUGGAUUCAUAGGAUUUAACACUUAAAGUCCCCAGAUUUACGGUAGCAUUUAUAAGCAGUAUAUAAACAUAAAUGGUUUAUAACACAUUAUAAUAUACUUGUAUGCAGAUAUAAGAGUGUUUUGUUUUAACAGUUAUAACUCUUCCUGUGGGCAGUCCAUGAGUGGAAGUUGGUGUAUAAACAGACAACACAGUACAAUACAUUUGUAAUAAUAGAAAAUCAAAAUUAGAAAUAUUAAUAAUUGCAGUCCAUUGAACAAAACACUCUUUUUUUAUGCUGCCUUUAAAAAAGCUAAAUAAGGGGACUUCAAGUGUUCCCAGUAAAUUAGGAUUUUGUAACAGCUCAAUGCUGUUUGUCCAGUAUGAAGAGAUGAAUGGGUGUGUGCUUGUCAUCGCAUCAAAAUGCUUUAUCCGCAAGUUUUUCAAGUGUCUUUGACAUUAUAAUUAUUAUUUAUAGAGUGUAUUGAAAAACUAAACAAAACAAUGUCCUCUCCUUAUAGAAAUCUCUACCCUACAUGGCUGUGCUGAAUCACCCUAAGCAAUAUGUAUUUUUAAGUGUCACCCAGUAAAAUUAAUGACUAGCUGUAACUGUGCAUCAAUUGCAAUAAUGUAAAUUAUUAUGUGGUAAAAAUGUCGAUACUGUAUUCCAUAUGAACUUAUAAAUA